CGACGGCAAAAUUGAUCCGAGCCAAAUGUUGAAACUGAUGGAGUUAGUGACGCAAGACACACCGAGUACAAUGGACCAGGGCUUCAAAGUUUACGAUCAGUGCUCUACGGUGACUGGCAAUGAUGAGUGUGAUUUGGCCGCCAGGACUUACGACUGCGGCGUCGAAAAAAUGCCGAACAUCACGCAGAACAUGGUCAAUGUAGGAAAAGGAAGUCCAGUCGUGCUCACUCCGCCAAUCGAGUGUGUGCCAGUUUUGAGAUCGUGUGUAACAGCAAAUUCGGUAUCCUGCGUAGCCAAUCCAACGCUGAUAAACGAAUUGACCAACUCUAAUCAGACUUCUAUGGGAACUUUAAUCUGGACCAAGUUUUACAACAAACGUAUUUUUCUGUCAAUUAGUUCAAACAAUACAAAUAUUGAGGCGCCUUACAACUAUUGCUGCUCAAUUGGGAUGAAACUUAUUGAAUUCCGCAAUUCAACUGAGUUGAAUGAUUUCAUUGUUUCCACUGCAUCAAUUCUUUCAAGCAACGUUGGCUACCUGUACAUAUCAGAAGUCAAGGCCUUAGGCUAUCAGAAAGAGUUUUGGUGUGGAACGGGCGUUCAGCUGGAUGUUUCAGUUUACCAAAACAAGUACGCGACGAUACCAGCCAUGGCAUGCGAGCCCAACAUCUACAUGCUUCAAAGAUUGAACCUUCCAAACGGCACAACAUAUGUUUUGGCCUUGACUGGUUCGAAUUUCAGCACAGCAGCCAAUUUAACUGCCUUUGCUUGCCAAUGAGAAUUUGAUUUUAAAAUCUACUUAAUUUAAAUUUCUUUUUUAUUCCUUCAUUUCAAACAU